AUGGCGGACCGAUCCAAAGCUCCAGAUUCUUACGGUGACAAGUCUGAGUCCACCCAAGGUGGGCAGUACGCUGGGUACGACGCGUCCAGCUACUCGUCGUACGAUUAUUACGGUAGUCAGGAAGGAUCUCAAGGAAACACCAGCAAUCCUGGAGGGGGUGGCCACUCUGGAGGUAGCUACGACUAUUAUGGUGCCACAAAUGAAGGAGGCUACGCCACACAGCAACAGUAUGCCGACUAUUACGGACAACAGAGCGGUGGUGGCUCUAAUGGCUAUGGUGGCUCCGAUCGAAGCUAUGGUAGCAGAAGUUACGGAGGCGGACAGCAGAGUCGAGACUAUGGGAGCGGAGGAUCUCGGGCGGAUACAAGCAGCGCAGGAGGUAGCGAGGGCAAGACCCAGAGCCAGGAUACAAUCUACAUUACUGGAUUGUCCAAAAGUGUCACUGAACAGAAGCUCAUCGAUCAUUUCGGAAGCAUCGGCAUAAUUAAGACUGAUAAGAAAACUCAAAAGCCGAAAGUGUGGUUAUACAAGGACAAAGCCACAGGACUGCCUAAAGGAGAUGCGACUGUGACCUAUGAUGAUCCGUGCUCGUGCGAUGGAGCGAUUAAUUGGUUUGACGGUAAGCAAUUUGAGGGCUCCACCCUGAAAGUUGAACGCGCUGAGCAGAAAGCCCCUCCACCUGGUGGUUGGGGCGGCGGCGGUGGUCGUGGUGGUCGUGGCGGUCGUGGGCGCGGCGGAGGUCGUGGCGGCGGCCGAGAUGGAGGAGGCCGCGAAGGAGACUGGAUGUGCUCUGGAGGGAUAGCUGUAACCGCUGCCAUUCAGCUAAACCUGAUGGAGCAGGCGGAGCAGGUGGACCGCCUCCUGGGCGCGAUGGCGGCCGGGACGGAGGUCGUGAAGGACGGGGUGGGGAUUGGGCGUGCGAAUGCGGCAAUACGAAUUUUGCUUGGAGGACUUCCUGCAACAAGUGUCAGCAACCCAAACCUGGGAACUCUGGCUCCGGAUACGAAGGAGGCGGCCGUAGCUCCGGGGGUGGUCGGGGCGGCUCCAGGCCAGGCGAUUGGACAUGCCAAUGCGGAAAUACAAACUUUUCAUGGAGGGAUUCAUGUCACAAGUGUCAAGCGGCGAAGCCGGGCGGAGGAUCCGGAGGAGGUGGUGGCGGUUAUGAUGGCGGCAGCUCCUACGGCGGGGGUCGCUCCGGAGGAUACCGUUCUGGAGGGUACGACAGGGGCGGGCAUGACAGGGGUGAUCAUCGGUCGGAUGCUCGUCGCGACCGCCGCGACCGGCCGUAUUAG